AGAGAGAGGAUGGAAAGGAAACAGAGAGAAAGAGGGAGGGACAGAGGAGUGGAGAGAUAGCAGUCAGAGGAGAGAUGUAGUACAGAUUGUGCACCUGACUGAGAGAGGAUACAAGAAAAGGAUACAGUGCAUUUUUUGACCUCAUAUUAAGACUGCCCAAGAUGCAAAGAAAUAAAUGGAAUUGAAAAAGUGACAAGAAGUAAAAGAAGACAAAUUGGAUGAGAGGGAAAAUUCGAUUUUAAGCCAGAUGAAGAAAAAAGAUGAAACGUGUAUACUGAAGUGCUGUUGAGAAAUAUCCAGCCCUUUAUUGAAGAGAGUGCUAAAGAGCCAGAGGGACAGGGUGACAUCCCAAACUGAUGGGCUGCGAAACGUGAUCACAGCAUCGCCAAACUUAACCAUCAGGGUGAAAAGAAUGCAUCAUUUCAAACUACAGUAUCCGAACUCUGCUGAACAUGCAGUGGUCUUUAAAUCUCAAACUCGGAGGAAAAUAGUGUGAAUACUGCAGAAGGCAUUGCUAUAGUAGUUCUGAUCUUAAGAAGCAGCAGUCGUCAUUUCAUCCGAACCAGACGCCAGGACACUUUGAACCUCGGACAGCAUAACCUGGAACUGACAGAAAUCUCACCCAGGGGUCCUUAAUUGCCUCGAUCUCCACUCUAUCAGGCGCUCCCUUUAUUGCUUCAUGUGAUGGAUGUUUGAGGAUCAGUCACUAUGCCAGUGAUGAAAGGGCUUCUGGCCCCUCAGAACACCUUUCUUGACACCAUUGCCAAGCGUUUUGAUGGCACACACAGUAACUUCCUGCUGGGCAAUGCGCAGGGGAAUCGAGGCUACCCCAUUGUGUACUGUUCAGAUGGCUUCUGUGACCUCACCGGGUUUUCACGUACCGAGGUGAUGAAGAAGACGUGCACGUGUCACUUCCUGCAUGGACAGGAAACAAGUGAGAGAGUGACCCAACAGGUGGAAAAAACUUUGGAAGGACAGAGAGAGUUCCAGACAGAAGUGCGAUAUUACAGGAAGAAUGGAACCCCAUUCUGGUGUCUGCUGGAUAUCGUGCCUAUUAAAAAUGAAAAAGGAGAAGUGGUUCUUUUUCUCUUGUCCUUUAAAAAUAUCACUGACUCAUAUGGCAAAUCGCGUCCCAGCUCCAACACAGAAGACGAUGGAACUCAAAGCAGGAAGUCCGAUCGAACCCAUCUGAGUCAAGCUCGUGAAACAGGCCGUAGCGUUCUGUACCACCUAACCUGUCAGUUUACCAGUAGAAGUAAAAGGAAACUACCAAAUCAUGUUUUUUCACAGCCGACGCUACCAGAAUACAAGGUGGCUUCGGUUCAGAAGUCCCGUUUCAUCUUGCUUCAUUACAGCGUGUGCAAAGCAUUGUGGGAUUGGUUGAUCCUACUCGCAACAUUCUACGUUGCCGUAACCGUCCCCUACAACGUCUGCUUCUCUGGCCCUGACAACAGUGAACAUGACAACCCAGACUGUAACUCCGCCUCCAGAACCACCCUCGCCAGCGACAUAGCUGUGGAGAUGCUCUUCAUCCUUGACAUCAUCCUGAAUUUUCGAACCACCUACGUUGGGCCCGCAGGUCAGGUGGUUUAUGAUUGCCGCUCCAUCUGUCUGCACUAUUGUACAACCUGGUUCAUCCUGGAUCUCAUCGCUGCAUUGCCAUUUGACCUGCUCUAUUUAUUCAACAUCUCAGUGACCUCCCUCGUCCACCUUCUGAAAACAGUGCGUCUGUUGCGUCUCCUGCGAUUGCUGCAGAAGCUUGAUGGUUAUUCUCAGUACAGCGCUGUGGUUCUUACUUUGCUAAUGUCUGUGUUUGCUCUGCUGGCACACUGGCUGGCCUGCGUUUGGUAUGUCAUCGGGCGCCAAGAGCUUGCCAGCAAUGAUCCCCUAACCUGGGACAUUGGUUGGCUGCAAGAGUUGGGAAAGCGUCUGGAGACUCCUUACACCAAUGGUACAGUUGGUGGGCCGUCGUUACGCAGCGCCUACAUCGCUUCGCUGUACUUCACAUUGAGCAGUCUGACUAGCGUUGGGUUCGGAAACGUCUGUGCCAACACAGACGCUGAGAAGAUCUUCUCCAUCUGCACCAUGCUUAUCGGGGCGCUGAUGCAUGCGGUUGUUUUUGGAAAUGUGACAGCCAUCAUCCAGCGCAUGUACUCUCGCCGUUCUCUCUAUCACACGCGCAUGAAGGAUCUGAAAGACUUCAUCCGUGUGCACCGUCUGCCCCAGCAGCUGAAACAGCGCAUGCUGGAGUAUUUCCAGACCACCUGGUCUGUCAACAAUGGCAUCAACGCCAAUGAGCUUUUACAUGACUUCCCAGACGAGCUCCGCGCAGAUAUCGCCAUGCAUCUGAACAAAGAUAUUCUGCAGCUUCCACUCUUCUCCUCAGCCAGUAGGGGGUGUCUGCGUUCCCUAUCUUUGCACAUUAAGACAUCGUUCUGUGCGCCUGGCGAGUAUCUUAUUCGCCAUGGAGACGCCCUGCAUGCCCAACACUUCGUCUGCUCUGGGUCUCUGGAGGUGCUGAAGGACGGCAUGGUGCUCGCUAUACUGGGUAAAGGAGAUCUCAUUGGUGCAGACCUGCCUGGGAAAGAUCAGGUGAUCAAAGCUAAUGCAGAUGUGAAGGCUCUGACCUACUGUGACCUACAGUACAUCAGUGUAAGAGCUCUUCAGGAGGUUCUUGAGCUCUACCCAGAAUACAGCAGUCGUUUCAAUGAAGAUAUACACCACAACCUCACCUACAACCUUAGAGAGGGCCAGGCCAGAUUCACUCGCUCAGCCCGUCUCCCACAGGAACGCUUUGACGAUUCAAAAGUGCCGUUCAUUGUUGAAGACCAAGAAGAGGAACCUGGACAGGAUCUGGGCAGAAAACCUCUGCUCUCUGGGUUGGGUGGUCCUUCAUCACAGUCUAAUCUGAGUGCCAUGUUGGGCGAAGAGUUUCGACACCUCGGCAUGCUUCGUCUCUGCAAAUCCCCCAUUCAAAGCUCCCGGGUACAAAGCCCCUCCCAACAGAUGGCACUCAAUGAGGACCUGUCUCUUGGUACUGUGUUUGCCCCUAGAAUAGAAAAGAGCACAUGCCAUAGGCCGGCCAAACUUCUCAUCCCUGCCCUGAACUGUGUCAGCCCACUGGACCUGAGCCCCAGGGUUGUUGACGGCAUCGAAGACAACGAACAUGCAUUUCACUUCAACGUCGAGCAUAGCGAACUGUCUCCUAACACAGACGUCAAAGACCCAUUUCAGGUGGGCGCGAACCUGUUGCUUGAGACAGAGGAAGUCAGGCAGAGUCUCCGUCAACUCAAUGCAGAGAUGAACCACCUGAACCAGGAGGUGUCUUCACUGACCAAGGAACUUCAUGAAAUGAUGCAGUUCCUACAUAACCACGUGACUCCAUCUCACUUCACUUCCUCUUUCACACCCUUCAGCUCUUUUAACUGUCACACGUCAUCCAGCUGCACAAAUGUUGGGUCGUCCACCGCUGAUUGGUCCUCUCGGCUGAGCUAUAGCACGUCUGCUGGUGCAUGUUUACAACCGGAGACCUCCAUAAGAGAUUCUUUAGGAUCCAGCCACAUGUGCAUUUGUGGUGGAAGCCAUGCCCAGGAAAGAGGCUCUGUGUUGGGACAGGAAUUAGAUACAGAAUUCCUCCAUCAAGCGGCCAACACUCACUCAACCUACUCUCAUUUUUCUUGCUGCCCUGACCAGGAAAGGGUUGCUACCUUGGGUGUAGAGAGUCAGUCGAUCCCCUGUCAGACAUCUAAGACCACACCCAACUCACCUUAUCUAAGACAUCAGACUAUCCAUACUGGUGAGUCUCUCCUGGGCUUGGCUUCAGCUUUUCCUGACGGUGGAUUGGUUCCUCAGGUUAGAAGUGGAGGUUCAACUAUCACCCCUAGCAACACAUUGCCUCUCUGUACCUAUAGCAUCCAGAGUCAAUCUCAUCCUUCCCUGAGCAUAAAGCUGACCUCUGAUAUAACUUGCCAGCAUUCCAGGGCUUCCACUCCGAUACAUUCAUCCGUUACACCAAUCGGCCCAUCACAGCCUCUCACAGCUGUCAGUUCACUAACACAUGCUGGGAUUUGUAGUACAAACUUGCUGCUUUUUCCCACAGGCCCCAGACAGAAUGAUCUGGUGGGGUCAAGUCCUAUUCACGCACAUGACAACAUCUUAUUGUCAAGUGAAGAAAGGGAAAAACCUGGACCUGCUGAGGAGUGACUUGGCUAUUGGAAUCUUGAGUAUGUAAGGCUAAGAAAUUAGGGAAAGGAUCUCAAAAGUGCUGGAAACAGGAGUGAUGCAUGUAUGAGCUAGUUUAUGUCUUCUUCUACUGCAUGGUUACUGCCUUCAUUAAGGUUAAAUGCAGUGCAUCAUGGGAUCCGUGUUUUGGGUACUUCUAAGUGUGUCUGACAUGUUUUCUUGUAAAUGCACAUUUUUUAUCAGGCUCUUAUGUUUAGGUUCAGUAAUUUCACUUUAAAGGCAAUGAAGAGGUUUUAGUUGUCAAAUGUCACUUUAGUUAUUUCAUUGGU